AUGUUCGGAGGACCACCACCAGCACCAAGCCAGGCGGAGCUCAAAGCUCAAGAAGAAGCCGCCUCGAAUGAACUCAAGUUCGCCCUGAGUACGUGCUUCGCUCUCUACCUCUCCCCGUUCGUCAUCGACUACGUCCGAAAAUUAGUAUAG